AUGGCAGCAGCUUCCCAACCCGUUUUAAUCUUUUUCCUCAUUGCAGUCUCUGCGUUCCAUCAAACACUUUCGAAACCUAAUGGUUUCAGCCUCAAGCUCAUCCCCAGAGACUCCCCCCAGUCUCCUCUGUACCCAGGAAAUCUCACUACACUUGAACGAAUCGAAAGAUUGAUCGAGUUCUCCCGAGCCAGGGCUCGCUAUGUGGAACUAACUUCGUCUCCAAAUGCAACCAUCUUGUACCCCGAAAACAUACGUCUCACUUUGCUUCGUGAUAACUUCUUCUACACGGUGCAGGUAGGUGUUGGAACUCCAGCCACAGGAGUGUUCCUGCUUCUAGACACUGGCGGUGGCCUAAUCUGGACGCAGUGCCUACCUUGCUUAAAUUGCUAUCCGCAAAGAACUCCCAUGUUCGAUUCGAGUAAAUCCAGCACUUAUCAAAAGCUUCCUUGCAGCCACCCUUUUUGUCAAGGCGACCGUCCCCUCUACAUAUGUGUCAAUGAUGAGUGUGUCUACAACAUUAACUACGGUGGAGGGGCAUCCACUGCAGGCAUCGCUUCCAUGGAAACAUUCACAUUUCCAGUCGACACCGCCACUACUACUCGAAUUGGUCAAAUUGUUUUUGGAUGCUCAAAGUAUAGCGGAAACGUUCAAUUUGCAAAAGGUGGUGUCAUUUCAGGGGUCAUGGGAUUGAGCUUGUCUCCAGAUUCAUUGGCUUCACAGUUGUCUGAUGUGACACACAAACGUUUCUCAUAUUGCUUGGUACCUUUCACUCAAGCACAGCAGGCACCAAGUCUGGUAAGGUUUGGGGAUGAUAUUCCCCACCCAUCCUCGAAUAUUCAGACAACUCCUUUUGUACCAACACCCCGAUCCCAUUACUUUCAAUUAAAUUUGUUGGACAUAAGUGUCGGAUUUCGCAAGCUAGGGUUUCCCCCAGGUACCUUUACGGAGAGGCCAGAUGGUUCAGGCGGCUGCAUCGUUGACUCCGGUGCACUGAUACCUCAGAUCGAUCAAAAUGCCCAAGGCGGACGCAACGCCUACAGGCAGGUGAUGUCUGCGUUUCAGAGCUAUUAUAAUUCUUUCCAGCAGCUUACGAGGAUUGGUAAAGUGCCUCAAGGGUUUGCAUUGUGUUACAAGUAUCCUCAAGAUUUUAAUCAAUUUACCAGCAUGACAUAUCAUUUUGAGGAUGCGGAUUAUAUUGUGGAUCCGAAAUAUGUGAAUUUUUAUGAUCAGCAGGGAGGCUACUUUUGUGUUGCGUUGUUGCCUGGAAAUGGGAAGAGUAUACUUGGAGCCUGGCAUCAGCAAAAUAUGAGGGUGACGUACGAUGGCAACAUUAACUCACUCCAAUUCUCUGUUGAGACUUGUUCUUAUGAUGUUUAA